GCGCCGCACUGCAGCAUCCCGGGCGCCGGGCUCGCGGCUGCCGCAGUAGCGGGGCCGCCCGUGGGAGCGAGCGCGGCGCCGAGACCCCCGCGCCGUCCCGGGGAGCGCGAUCGCGGCUCGCCCGGGGUCCGGACAGUGCGGACAGGACGGCAGCUUUACAAUGAUGUGGUGAAUCCCAAGGCUGGAAUCCAACAGAUUUUCUCAGCUCUUUUGUUUGGACGGCAGUCAGUUAUCUACCAACCCCCAGCAUGGCUAAAAGUGCAGAGGUCAAACUGGCAAUAUUUGGCAGAGCAGGUGUGGGCAAGUCAGCUCUUGUAGUGAGAUUUCUGACCAAACGGUUCAUCUGGGAAUAUGACCCCACUCUUGAAUCAACCUACCGACACCAAGCAACUAUUGACGAUGAAGUUGUCACCAUGGAGAUACUAGAUACUGCGGGUCAGGAGGACCCCAUCCAGAGGGAAGGACACAUGCGCUGGGGCGAAGGCUUCGUGCUGGUCUACGACAUCACCGACCGGGGGAGCUUCGAGGAGGUGCUGCCACUCAAGAACGUCCUGGACGAACUGAAGAAGCCCAAGAACGUCACCCUCAUCCUGGUGGGGAACAAGGCGGACUUGGACCACUCCAGACAGGUCAGCACAGAAGAAGGGGAGAAGCUAGCCACGGAAUUGGCCUGCGCCUUUUACGAGUGCUCAGCCUGCACGGGCGAGGGGAACAUCAGCGAGAUCUUCUACGAGCUGUGCCGCGAAGUGCGUCGCCGCAGGAUGGUCCAGGGCAAGACCCGGAGACGCAGCUCCACCACGCACGUCAAACAGGCCAUCAACAAGAUGCUCACCAAGAUCAGCAGUUAGGCG